AUGCACCGCGAGCACAGCAGCAGGCUCGGGAGCGACUACGCCAAGCUCGACCCCCGGCUGCACGCGGCGCGCGAGGAGGCGGAGAGGCAACUGGCGCUCAUCCGGGCCGACCGGCCCCACGGAGAGCAGAUGUGGCGAAAGUGGGCCCAGUGCACGUCGGACAUCGGGGCGGGCGCUCUAGGGACCGGCUCGGCCGCUCCCGUCUCGGCAAAGUUCAAUGCAUUGCCGACCUCUUCGCCGGCUGGCUGCAGAGCUGUGUCUCAAGCGACCGGAGCCCGAGGUUUUGGGGCGAGGAGCUGGGGCGUGAUCUAUGCUGCCGAAUGGCAGGAUUUAUUGUCGUCCGCGGUGCUGUUAUCAAAGCCGACUCUCGAAACGGCUGGCAAGUUGCAGCAGUGA